AUGCAUACUCCACGUACACCGUGGAAACCACCAACACAUCCACCAACCCGUCACACAUUUCCCACGGAAACUCCAGAAACGCCAUGCACUAGUUCCCCUGGACCUACAGGUGCGUCUGUGUCUUGCACCGAAGAGGGAUUCUUCCCUGACAAGCGAGAUUGUCGGAAGUUUUAUCGUUGCGUUAGCAGUGGCUCAUCUUUUACUAAAUAUGAGUUAGAAUGUGGUCCUGGAUCUGGUUGGGAUUCUGUCCUUCAGAGUUGUAAUCACGAAUAUCUCGUUCCGCGUUGUAAUAAGGAUUCCAGUCAACCUGAUUCGGCAGGCACUACCGUAUCUGAUUCAUCUGGUAAUGGAGUUGGCGGUUCUACUGUCCUACCAGGUACAGCACCAAGUGAAGCGUCCAUUUCAUCAACUCUCUCAGCGUCAGGCACUGUCUCAGCUGCGUUAUCCACCACUCCAUCAUCUGUUAUUUCCACCGUCGGUGUAGCAACUUCAUUAACAAGUACUUCAACGUUGUCCACAUCAUCGGAUAAUGGUGUUGGUACUGUAUCGACUUCUGAAACAGCGUCAUCAUCUUCUGCAGUACUAACUAGUACAGUGGCUUCCCAGUCAACAUCUUCUAGUGUUACAGAAUCUGUUCUUUAUUUACCUCAUGAUAGCAGUGCCGCAUCUAGCGUUUCAACCAACACGGUAAUCAGCUCAUCACCUGGAAUAUCCCAAUGUACAGAAGAAGGAUUCUUUCCAGACCCUGAAGAUUGUCGUAAAUUUUAUCGAUGCGUCGGUAGUGAUUCUAGUUUUACCAAAUACGAGUUUCAGUGCGGUACUGGAACUGCUUGGGACUCAGGUCUUCAGAGCUGCAAUCAUGAGUAUCUUGUUCCUAAUUGCAAGGGUGGAACUACUUCUUCAGAUUCUUUUAGCACUAUUGAAGCAGACUCGUCUCAAAAUGAAAUCACUAGUACUAUCAGUCAGCAGACCAUAACUCAAGCACAAACUAGCGUUCCACCAAGUAGUACAGCAGCUUCUACAUCAACUGUUCGUCCAUCAACCAUCACAUCAUCAAGUGGUCCAGCAACAUCGACAUCAACUGUCACAUCUCCAAGCAAUUCAACAACAGUGCCAUCUUCUACUACAUCCAUAGUUGAAACAAGCACAGUCAGUUCCCAAACCACACCUUCAGGUGUCACAGAAUCUGUCUCAUAUUUGCCUCCUGAAAGCAGUACUGGGUCUAGCGUUUCCACUACCACCAUAGUUAGUACAUCACCUGGGUCGUCGCAAUGUACAGAAGAAGGCUUUUUCCCGGAUCCCCAAAAUUGUCAUAAAUUUUAUCGAUGCGUCGGUAGUGAUUCUAGCUUUACCAAGUACGAAUUUCAGUGUGGUACUGGAACUGCUUGGGACUCAAGUCUUCAGAGUUGCAAUCAUGAGUAUCUUGUUCCUAAUUGCAAGGGCGGAACUACUUCUUCAGAUUCUUCUAGCACUAUUGAAGCAGACUCGUCUCAAAAUGAAAUCACUAGUACUAUCAGUCAGCAGACCAUAACUCAAGCACAAACUAGCGUUCCACCAAGUAGUACAGCAGCUUCUACAUCAACUGUUCGUCCAUCAACCAUCACAUCAUCAAGUGGUCCAGCAACAUCGACAUCAACUGUCACAUCUCCAAGCAAUUCAACAACAGUGCCAUCUUCUACUACAUCCAUAGUUGAAACAAGCACAGUCAGUUCCCAAACCACACCUUCAGGUGUCACAGAAUCUGUCUCAUAUUUGCCUCCUGAAAGCAGUACUGGGUCUAGCGUUUCCACUACCACCAUAGUUAGUACAUCACCUGGGUCGUCGCAAUGUACAGAAGAAGGCUUUUUCCCGGAUCCCCAAAAUUGUCAUAAAUUUUAUCGAUGCGUCGGUAGUGAUUCUAGCUUUACCAAGUACGAAUUUCAGUGUGGUACUGGAACUGCUUGGGACUCAAGUCUUCAGAGUUGCAAUCAUGAGUAUCUUGUUCCUAAUUGCAAGGGCGGAACUACUUCUUCAGAUUCUUCUAGCACUAUUGAAGCAGACUCGUCUCAAAAUGAAAUCACUAGUACUAUCAGUCAGCAGACCAUAACUCAAGCACAAACUAGCGUUCCACCAAGUAGUACAGCAGCUUCUACAUCAACUGUUCGUCCAUCAACCAUCACAUCAUCAAGUGGUCCAGCAACAUCGACAUCAACUGUCACAUCUCCAAGCAAUUCAACAACAGUGCCAUCUUCUACUACAUCCAUAGUUGAAACAAGCACAGUCAGUUCCCAAACCACACCUUCAGGUGUCACAGAAUCUGUCUCAUAUUUGCCUCCUGAAAGCAGUACUGGGUCUAGCGUUUCCACUACCACCAUAGUUAGUACAUCACCUGGGUCGUCGCAAUGUACAGAAGAAGGCUUUUUCCCGGAUCCCCAAAAUUGUCAUAAAUUUUAUCGAUGCGUCGGUAGUGAUUCUAGCUUUACCAAGUACGAAUUUCAGUGUGGUACUGGAACUGCUUGGGACUCAAGUCUUCAGAGUUGCAAUCAUGAGUAUCUUGUUCCUAAUUGCAAGGGCGGAACUACUGCUUCAGAUUCUUCUAGCACUACUGAAACAGACUCGUCUCAAAAUGAAAUCACUAGUACUAUCAGUCAGCAGACCAUAACUCAAGCACAAACUAGCGUUCCACCAAGUAGUACAGCAGCUUCUACAUCAACUGUUCGUCCAUCAACCAUCACAUCAUCAAGUGGUCCAGCAACAUCGACAUCAACUGUCACAUCUCCAAGCAAUUCAACAACAGUGCCAUCUUCUACUACAUCCAUAGUUGAAACAAGCACAGUCAGUUCCCAAACCACACCUUCAGGUGUCACAGAAUCUGUCUCAUAUUUGCCUCCUGAAAGCAGUACUGGGUCUAGCGUUUCCACUACCACCAUAGUUAGUACAUCACCUGGGUCGUCGCAAUGUACAGAAGAAGGCUUUUUCCCGGAUCCCCAAAAUUGUCAUAAAUUUUAUCGAUGCGUCGGUAGUGAUUCUAGCUUUACCAAGUACGAAUUUCAGUGUGGUACUGGAACUGCUUGGGACUCAAGUCUUCAGAGUUGCAAUCAUGAGUAUCUUGUUCCUAAUUGCAAGGGCGGAACUACUUCUUCAGAUUCUUCUAGCACUACUGAAACAGACUCGUCUCAAAAUGAAAUCACUAGUACUAUCAGUCAGCAGACCACAACUCAAGCUCAAACUAGCGUUCCACCAAGUAGUACAGCAGCUUAUACAUCAACUGUUCGUCCAUCAACCAUCACAUCAUCAAGUGGUCCAGCAACAUCGACAUCAACUGUCACAUCUCCAAGCAAUUCAACAACAGUGCCAUCUUCUACUACAUCCAUAGUUGAAACAAGCACAGUCAGUUCCCAAACCACACCUUCAGGUGUCACAGAAUCUGUCUCAUAUUUGCCUCCUGAAAGCAGUACUGGGUCUAGCGUUUCCACUACCACCAUAGUUAGUACAUCACCUGGGUCGUCGCAAUGUACAGAAGAAGGCUUUUUCCCGGAUCCCCAAAAUUGUCAUAAAUUUUAUCGAUGCGUCGGUAGUGAUUCUAGCUUUACCAAGUACGAAUUUCAGUGUGGUACUGGAACUGCUUGGGACUCAAGUCUUCAGAGUUGCAAUCAUGAGUAUCUUGUUCCUAAUUGCAAGGGUGGAACUACUUCUUCAGAUUCUUCUAGCACUACUGAAGCAGACUCGUCUCAAAAUGAAAUCACUAGUACUAUCAGUCAGCAGACCACAACUCAAGCACAAACUAGCGUUCCACCAAGUAGUACAGCAGCUUCUACAUCAACUGUUCGUCCAUCAACCGUCACUUCAUCAAGCAGUACAACGACACCCACAUCAACUGUUCGUCCAUCAACCGUCACGUCAUCAAGUAGUUCAACAACAUCCACAUCAACUGUUCGUCCAUCAACCGUCACGUCAUCAAGUAGUUCAACAACAUCUACAUCAACUAUCACAUCAAGUAGUUCAACAGCGUUCACAUCAACUGAUCCUUCAUCAACAGUUACACCAUCUGUUACACCAAGUAGUCUAACUACAGUCUCAUCUUCGUCUGCACCCAUUGUUGAAACCAGUACAACCACUUCUCAAUCCACAUCUUCAAGUGUUAUUGAAUCUGUUUCCUACUUACCUCCAGCCAGCAGCACGACCCCCGGAACUAGCACGUCUUCUGGAUCAUCCCAGUGCCCAGGAGAAGGUUUCUUCCCGAAUCCAACCGACUGCACGAAAUUCUUCCGCUGCGUGCGUACCUAUAGCGGGUUCAUCAGAUACGACUUUGCAUGUGGUCCUGGUACAGCUUGGGAUUCGUCCAUUCAAUCCUGCAACCAUAAGAGUCAUGUAGCUUCCUGUUCCUCGACCAAUGGGGCUACAGUUAGUCAAGGAUCUACGGGUACACCAUCGUCCCACUCAACGCGACCUUCUAGUAACACCACAGCUACACCAACAACUGGAACAAGUAUAACGCCCAGUUCAACAGGUACAACUCCAAGCUCUUCAGAGAAGCCGACAGCAACGCAGCAACCUUCGACUACCGAAGGUUCAUCUUCAACAUCUUCAAACUCUACGUCCUCUACAGAGCCAAAUGUUUCAGAUUGCGCCACGAAGAAGCCGAACAAUACCAUAGUUUGCGAGAAAGAAGGUUUCUAUCCUCAUCCAACGAAAUGCAACAAAUUCUACCGUUGCGUGGACAAUGGAAACGGUCUGAACGUCUACCACUUCGAGUGUGGUCCUGGUACCAUAUUCGAUCCCAGCAUCAACAUUUGCAAUCACCCUGAAUCGGUUUACCCUCCGAGAGACUGCAUGAUGCCAACGAGUACUCCUUCUACCACAUCUGAGGUAAGUGAAUCUACCACGGAAUCUACGACUGAGUCCAGAGGAACGGAAGGAACCACCGGGACAACGGAGUCUACGACUGAAACAACUACGUGGUCUACGUCUACUGAGACAACGACUGACUCGACGACGACAGAAUCUACCUCUGAAGCAAGUACAGCAACGACGACUGAAGUAACCACCGAGUCCACGACUGCAGCGACCACGGAGUCCACUUCUGAGGCAUGCACGGAGUCUAUGACAAGUACAGAAUCUACCUCUGAAGCAACGACAGAGUCAACUUCUGAAGCAACAACAGAGUCAACUACAGAAGCAACGACAGAAUCAACUUCUGAAGCAACGACAGAGUCAACUUCUGAAACAACAACAGAGUCAACUACAGAAGCAACGACAGAGUCAACUUCUGAAGCGACGACAGAGUCAACUUCUGAAGCAACGACAGAAUCUCAAGGGACCACGACUACCAGCCCAAGACCUACCGUUCCAGCAACAUGUCCAAUUGGAAACUUAACUGACGAACAGAUAGCACUGGUCUGUCCAACAGGUUUCAAGAGGCAUCCCAAGUACUGUAAUCUCUUCUACCAGUGUACCAUAGAGUCUAACGAGAUGGACAUCAAGGUACUGAUACUAAGUUGUCCAGUGAAUACCAUCUUCGACGAAGAGAAGCUACAGUGUUUACCUGAGAACGAAAGCAGUCAUGUUUGCACGGGAACCAUAACUACUGGAAGAUUCUACAGAAAACUGCUGGAGAGUUCCGUGUCUCCUGUAAAGGUACCAUCUGGUACACUAUGCCCAGGAGAGGGACACUACCCUUAUAAACUAGGCUGUAGCACAACGUUCUACAAAUGCGAACGGGACUCCAGGAAGAAUCUUCAGGGUUAUUUGUACAAGUGUCCGCCGAACUACUUGUACUGGUCAAUCUCGAGAAGAUGCGAACGUGCGAUACGAUUGCCAAUGUGCGCACACGUUGCGUUGAAAGGUCUUUGGGAUAAAAGAUGGCAGAUUCCGAUAGAAGACACGAACGUGUCUGCUAGAAGUCUGUUUGUCUCUUAA